AUGAGCCGAGUCUACUGUUCCAGCACCAGAGACCCCAAAGACCCCAGAGGUCCCAGAGCACACCUCUGCUACAGCUCCUCUGCUCUCACUGAGGAUCAACCACCGCUCUAUCUGAAGAGGACCAGACUCUCCUCCACCUCCUCCCACUGCACCCACCCAGGACCAGACUCUCCUCCACCUCCUCCCACUGCACCAACCCAGGACCAGACUCUCCUCCACCUCCUCCCACUGCACCCACCCAGGACCAGACUCUCCUCCACCUCCUCUCACUGCACCAACCCAGGACCAGACUCUCCUCCACCUCCUCCCACUGCACCAACCCAGGACCAGACUCUCCUCCACCUCCUCCCACUGCACCAACCCAGGACCAGACUCUCCUCCACCUCCUCUCACUGCACCACCCCAGGACCAGACUCUCCUCCACCUCCUCUCACUGCACCAACCCAGGACCAGACUCUCCUCCACCUCCUCUCACUGCACCAACCCAGGACCAGACUCUCCUCCACCUCCUCUCACUGCACCAACCCAGGACCAGACUCUCCUCCACCUCCUCUCACUGCACCAACCCAGGACCAGACUCUCCUCCACCUCCUCUCACUGCACCAACCCAGGACCAGACUCUCCUCCACCUCCUCUCACUGCACCAACCCAGGACCAGACUCUCCUCCACCUCCUCUCACUGCACCAACCCAGGACCAGACUCUCCUCCACCUCCUCUCACUGCACCAACCCAGGACCAGACUCUCCUCCACCUCCUCUCACUGCACCAACCCAGGACCAGACUCUCCUCCACCUCCUCUCACUGCACCAACCCAGGACCAGACUCUCCUCCACCUCCUCUCACUGCACCAACCCAGGACCAGACUCUCCUCCACCUCCUCUCACUGCACCAACCCAGGACCAGACUCUCCUCCACCUCCUCUCACUGCACCAACCCAGGACCAGACUCUCCUCCACCUCCUCUCACUGCACCAACCCAGGACCAGACUCUCCUCCACCUCCUCUCACUGCACCAACCCAGGACCAGACUCUCCUCCACCUCCUCUCACUGCACCAACCCAGGACCAGACUCUCCUCCACCUCCUCUCACUGCACCAACCCAGGACCAGACUCUCCUCCACCUCCUCUCACUGCACCAACCCAGGACCAGACUCUCCUCCACCUCCUCUCACUGCACCAACCCAGGACCAGACUCUCCUCCACCUCCUCUCACUGCACCAACCCAGGACCAGACUCUCCUCCACCUCCUCUCACUGCACCAACCCAGGACCAGACUCUCCUCCACCUCCUCUCACUGCACCAACCCAGGACCAGACUCUCCUCCACCUCCUCUCACUGCACCAACCCAGGACCAGACUCUCCUCCACCUCCUCUCACUGCACCAACCCAGGACCAGACUCUCCUCCACCUCCUCUCACUGCACCAACCCAGGACCAGACUCUCCUCCACCUCCUCUCACUGCACCAACCCAGGACCAGACUCUCCUCCACCUCCUCUCACUGCACCAACCCAGGACCAGACUCUCCUCCACCUCCUCUCACUGCACCAACCCAGGACCAGACUCUCCUCCACCUCCUCUCACUGCACCAACCCAGGACCAGACUCUCCUCCACCUCCUCUCACUGCACCAACCCAGGACCAGACUCUCCUCCACCUCCUCUCACUGCACCAACCCAGGACCAGACUCUCCUCCACCUCCUCUCACUGCACCAACCCAGGACCAGACUCUCCUCCACCUCCUCUCACUGCACCAACCCAGGACCAGACUCUCCUCCACCUCCUCUCACUGCACCAACCCAGGACCAGACUCUCCUCCACCUCCUCUCACUGCACCAACCCAGGACCAGACUCUCCUCCACCUCCUCUCACUGCACCAACCCAGGACCAGACUCUCCUCCACCUCCUCUCACUGCACCAACCCAGGACCAGACUCUCCUCCACCUCCUCUCACUGCACCAACCCAGGACCAGACUCUCCUCCACCUCCUCUCACUGCACCAACCCAGGACCAGACUCUCCUCCACCUCCUCUCACUGCACCAACCCAGGACCAGACUCUCCUCCACCUCCUCUCACUGCACCAACCCAGGACCAGACUCUCCUCCACCUCCUCUCACUGCACCAACCCAGGACCAGACUCUCCUCCACCUCCUCUCACUGCACCAACCCAGGACCAGACUCUCCUCCACCUCCUCUCACUGCACCAACCCAGGACCAGACUCUCCUCCACCUCCUCUCACUGCACCAACCCAGGACCAGACUCUCCUCCACCUCCUCUCACUGCACCAACCCAGGACCAGACUCUCCUCACCUCUCCUCUCACUGCACCAACCCAGGACCAGACUCUCCUCCACCUCCUCUCACUGCACCAACCCAGGACCAGACUCUCCUCCACCUCCUCUCACUGCACCAACCCAGGACCAGACUCUCCUCCACCUCCUCUCACUGCACCAACCCAGGACCAGACUCUCCUCCACCUCCUCUCACUGCACCAACCCAGGACCAGACUCUCCUCCACCUCCUCUCACUGCACCAACCCAGGACCAGACUCUCCUCCACCUCCUCUCACUGCACCAACCCAGGACCAGACUCUCCUCCACCUCCUCUCACUGCACCAACCCAGGACCAGACUCUCCUCCACCUCCUCUCACUGCACCAACCCAGGACCAGACUCUCCUCCACCUCCUCUCACUGCACCAACCCAGGACCAGACUCUCCUCCACCUCCUCUCACUGCACCAACCCAGGACCAGACUCUCCUCCACCUCCUCUCACUGCACCAACCCAGGACCAGACUCUCCUCCACCACUCCUCACUGCACCAACCCAGGACCAGACUCUCCUCCACCUCCUCUCACUGCACCAACCCAGGACCAGACUCUCCUCCACCUCCUCUCACUGCACCAACCCAGGACCAGACUCUCCUCCACCUCCUCUCACUGCACCAACCCAGGACCAGACUCUCCUCCACCUCCUCUCACUGCACCAACCCAGGACCAGACUCUCCUCCACCUCCUCUCACUGCACCAACCCAGGACCAGACUCUCCUCCACCUCCUCCACUGCACCAACCCAGGACCAGACUCUCCUCCACCUCCUCCCACUGCACCAACCCAGGACCAGACUCUCCUCCACCUCCUCUCACUGCACCACCCAGGACCAAACUCUCCUCCACCUCCUCUCACUGCACCAACCCAGGACCAGACUCUCCUCCACCUCCUCUCACUGCACCAACCCAGGACCAGACUCUCCUCCACCUCCUCCCACUGCACCAACCCAGGACCAGACUCUCCUCCACCUCCUCCCACUGCACCAACCCAGGACCAGACUCUCCUCCACCUCCUCUCACUGCACCAACCCAGGACCAGACUCUCCUCCACCUCCUCUCACUGCACCAACCCAGGACCAGACUCUCCUCCACCUCCUCUCACUGCACCAACCCAGGACCAGACUCUCCUCCACCUCCUCUCACUGCACCAACCCAGGACCAGACUCUCCUCCACCUCCUCUCACUGCACCAACCCAGGACCAGACUCUCCUCCACCUCCUCCCACUGCACCAACCCAGGACCAGACUCUCCUCCACCUCCUCUCACUGCACCAACCCAGGACCAGACUCUCCUCCACCUCCUCCCACUGCACCAACCCAGGACCAGACUCUCCUCCACCUCCUCUCACUGCACCAACCCAGGACCAGACUCUGGACCCUGGGAGACAGGGCCUUUCAGGCAGUAG